AUGUCAGACACUGAAAAUUUGAUCUUAACUAUAAAUACAGUAUCAACACAAAUAAUACGAUAUUUAUGCAUGUUUAUACUUAUAUGUGGAACAAUUGGUAACGUAUCAAACCUAAUUGUAUUUCUUCAACGUCCAUUACGUUCAAAUCCAUGUUCAAUUUACUUUUUCUCCUCAUCAAUAUCAGGUUUAGUAGCACUUUACUCGGGACUUAUAACACGUAUAUUAGCCACUUAUCGAUUGGAUCCAACAAAUAAAUCCUCUCCACUGUGCAAAAUACGAAGUUUUUUUCUAUAUUCUUCAUUUACAACAUCAACAUGGUUAAUUGCACUGGCAUCAGUUGAUCGUUAUUUUAUUAGUUGCCAAAAUGUUCAACGUCGACGUUUUAGUAGUUUAAAAACUACGUAUUGUCUAGUUGGAAUUAUACCAGUUUUCUCAGUGCUAAUUUAUGCUGAAGUGUUUUAUUGUUUCGAAGCAAAUCUCCCCACUCCACGAUCACCAUUAGCAUGUUAUUCUAAAAGUUAUCAAUGUGACUUAUAUAAUAGUUUAACAUUUACUAUUAUUUUUGUACUAAUACCUUGUUUAAUAAUGUUCCUAUUUGGCUAUUUAACAAUAUUAAAUAUUAGAAAACUACAACGAACAGCUGGAACUAAUUCUGCUACUCGAAGUAAUAAUAAUAAAGGUACAAAAACCAUUAAAAGGUCUGAUAGGCAAUUAAUACAAAUGCUGUGGGUACAAGUUCUGUUAUUAACAACACUUGCACUACCAACAGCAGUUCAGCGUUUGUAUUCAGCAUUUACAACAGGUAUAGUCAGAGGUGAACUAUCAUUGACAAUUGAAAACGCCAUAUUCCAGGUGUUGCUUCUAUUUACGCAUAUCAGUAUGAGUAUGCCAUUUUAUUUGUAUUUAUUAACUGGUAUACUAUUUAGACGAACCUUUAUUGAUCUGUUUUAUAAAGUCGCACUCAUUCGUACGAUCAGGAAUGCCGUUACAGUAACAAAUAUCCAACAAAAUGGGUGA